UGUACAAUGUAAAACCAUUUUGAAAUAUGUCUCCUCUCCUCUUCUCUUCUUUCCACGCUCCAAAUAACGACACAAAAAUUGUCCAUCCAUCUCUUACCCAGAUAAUAAAAAAUCUUCAAUUUCCUUCUUUAAAUAUAUUUACAUUGCAUGAUACACAAGAAUAAGUACACCUAAACAUCCCAAACCAACACUAACAUGGCCAAGACUAGUCUGCUUAUGAUAUUAAACCUUAUGUUUUCGCUUCUAUCCACGUACUCCCCGUCUACUAUUGCCGUGCGCUGUUGCGGAGAUUGUGGCCGGACUUUGGUGCCAUAUCCACUAAGCACCGGACCGGAUUGUGGUGACCAAAACUACAAGAUUCGGUGCACUUCAGGCACAUUAUGGUUUGAUACACUAAAUGGUUCAUCCUACGUGAUUACAUCAAUCAACUCAUUAAUUCGACGAAUUAUAAUUAGACCAGAAAGCAUAGCCAACAAUUCUUGCAAAUCUAGUGAAUUUAUCCAUAUUAAUUUUCCAUUUAAUGUUACCAGCAGUAACACCAUAGUGUUACUUAAUUGUGCAGAGUCAAUGUUGCACUUGAAACCACCUAUAGAUUGUUCACCUGCGAGCAUUUGUCAUGCCUACACUAAGGACAAGGCAGGUGCGUGUGUUAAUGCACCGUUGUGUUGUGCAUUUAGGACUAGUGGGUUGCAGAGCAGUGGUUAUGGAAUUAAGGUUCUGGGUCGAGAGUGCGCUGCCUAUCAGAGUUUUGUUAACUUGGAUUUGAAGAUGGUGGCCGUGCACAAGUGGCCGGAGCCUGGAGUGGAGAUAGAAUGGGUUUUGCCUCUGGAGCCAGUUUGCAAGACUCCAGUGGACUGUAAAGGCUUGCUGUACUCCAAAUGUUUGACUGAUCCAACGAAAUUUGGAGAGAAAAGGUGCUUUUGUGAUGCUGGUUUUAAGUGGGAUCCUGUCAAUGGAUUGUGUCAAAAUGUCAAGUGUCGCCCAGGGAAAGCUUGCAAAAAACGAAAGAAAAAGACUGCAAUGUUUGCUGGUGUAGCUCUUGCCGGAGGAGUAAUGCUGCUCGUAGUAGUAAUCGGAAUUCUAUUCUAUAAGCAGCAUCAUAACUCGAGAAAAGCACAAAAGAAUUUGAUCAAAGAGCGAAAAGAGAUUCUAAAUGACAAAAAUAGUGGCAAAUCGGCAAGGAUUUUCACAGGCAAAGAAAUAAUAAAAGCAACCAACAGCUUCUCCAAAGAAAAUCUUAUUGGGUCUGGUGGAUUUGGAGAAGUCUUUAAAGGUAUUCUUGAUGAUGGAACUAUAACAGCCAUCAAGCGCGCCAAGCUUGGAAACAACACAAAAGGAACCGACCAAGUACUUAAUGAAGUUAGAAUUCUUUGCCAGGUAAAUCACAGGAGCUUGGUAAGACUUCUCGGCUGUUGUGUUGAACUUGAGCUGCCUAUCAUGAUUUAUGAGUAUGUUACUAAUGGAACUCUGUUUGAGCAUCUUCAUUCGAGCAAGGCGACUCCACUGACCUGGCAACGCAGGCUUCACAUUGCACAUCAGACAGCUGAAGGUCUAGCAUAUCUCCACUCUGCGGCUGUUCCUCCCAUCUAUCACCGUGAUGUAAAAUCUAGCAACAUCUUACUUGAUGAGAAGCUUAACGCGAAAGUUUCUGAUUUCGGGCUUUCUAGGUUAGUGGAGACAAGUGAAAAUAAUGAUAGUCAUAUCUUCACUGGUGCACAAGGAACUCUUGGUUAUCUAGACCCUGAAUAUUACCGGAACUUUCAGUUGACGGAUAAGAGUGAUGUUUAUAGCUUUGGAGUUGUUCUAAUGGAGAUUUUGACUUCUAAGAAGGCUAUUGAUUUUAAUAGAGAAGAAGAAGAUGUGAAUUUAGUGGUUUAUAUGAAGAAGAUAAUGGAGGAAGAGAGAUUAAUAGAUGUUGUUGAUCCAGUUCUUAAGGAGAGUGGAAACAAAUUGGAAUUGGAAAUGAUGAAAGCUUUGGGAUGUUUAGCAGCAGCCUGUUUGGAUGAGAAGAGGCAGAAUCGACCUUCAAUGAAAGAAGUUGCUGAUGAGAUUGAGUAUAUUAUUGCUAUUACUUCAGGAAAGGUUACUAAGAAAUCCUAGCUAGUUGUAUGUUUUGGCACAGCCAUGAAUGAUUAAGUGCUAUUAAUUUAUUGAAUUUUGGUUGCUA